AAAAAAAUAGUUGUAAAAAAUUUUAAAAUGUACUCUAUGCGUAAAUUGCAGUUGGUAAGUGCAACACGCUGGUUGCGUCAUUACUGUUGCCAAAAGUCCAAAGAUUGCGCCGAGAGUCAUGCGCGCAGUGUUUGCAAAGCAGAGCAGCCCUCGAAGCAGUCCAAGCAGUGCGACAAGCAGUCAGAAAAGCGCAAGGUGACGCUUAUAAGAGGUUUGGGCAUAGGCCCAGAGCUAACCGAUGCACUGCAGCAAGUUUGCUGCACAGCCAAUGUGCCCAUCGAAUUUGAAGCGUUCGAGCAAUUCGCUGUAGAUGAGCAAAGCUAUGCGCCCAAUCCAAAGCUGCUCGAAUCGCUGGAGCGCAACAAGUUUGGCAUUAAGGGACCAGUGCAUAUGACGCCCUGGCGUCGACAGCUGUGCAAGAAAUUUGGGCUGUACGCUUACGUUUCAGUUUGUCGCAGCCUUGAGGGUUAUAAAAGUCCUUUUGGCAAGAUUGACUGCGUUGUUAUACGCGAUCAGGUUGAGGGCGUCUAUUCGGGCAUAGAGCACAUGGUAGUGCCUGGCGUGACGCAGACCAUCAAAGUGAGCACUUCGAAGGGCGCCAAUCGCAUUGCUGAAUAUGUUUUCGCCUAUGCCAAGAAAUUCGAUCGCAAGCGCAUUACUGUUGCCCACAAAUCGAAUAUAUUGGAGCUUACCGAUGGCAACUUCAUGGACGCCAUGCGCGAUGUCGCCGCCAAGCACUCCGAGGAUGUGCUCUUCGAGGAGCGCUACUUGGACACCGCCUGCCUCAAUCUGCUUAUGAAGCCGCAUUUCUAUGAAAUACUCUGCAGCUCCAGCAUGUAUGGCGAUGUCUUGGCCAUCAUGGGCGCUGCUAUUAUGGGCGGUCCGGCCAUGUGUCCUGGCUACAGCGUCAGCAGCAAAGGCAUACUACAUGAUACGCUCGACAGCAGGCACGAGGAGCUCGCAGGCAAGGACCUAGCCAAUCCCACAGGCAUUUUGCUCUCCGCUGUCAUUAUGCUGAAUAAAAUGCAGCUGGCCGAACAUGCCUGCAAAAUUUUAGGCGCCGUCAAUCAUGUCUAUAAGGAAACGGAUAUGCGCACCCAAGACUUGGGCGGCAAUUGCAAGUGCUCCGAGCUUACGCAGGCGGUUUGCGAUUUCAUCAAAGACGGCGACAAGCAGUGAGCACGCUCUAUAUACAAAAUUGUUAGUUGAGCAUUUAUGCUUAUUUGUUGGUUGCAACUUUUGGCUAAAAGUUCGUGUCAACCCACGUGUGAAAAAUAAUGAUAACUGUUGUUUGACCACAGCCAGUUUUUGGCCAAAAGUUUUUGCAGGCGCACACA